UCUUUAACAUAAACAGGAAAUCGCCCGAAAAUAGAUUAGGGGGGCCUGUCAAAUAUUGUAAGUUGCAACAACGUUUGACGACAAAUGAAAUAAUGGGUUUGGAGCCUUUAGAGUUUGCCGAAUGCUUGACAGACAGUCCUUCGUUCAGGGAAAAACUACAUGAUCACGAAAAAGAGCUUGAUAGGACAAAUAAGGCCAUCAAGUCUCUGGUGAAUGAUGGCAAGGAGCUUGUCAAUGCAGCCAAACAAAUGGGUAAAGCAUGGCAAAGUUUUGCACAGAAAAUGAUGGAUUUCAAAUUUGAGUGCAUUGGAGAAAAAUUGACAGAUGAUGAAGAAAAAAUAGCUGGUUCCUUAAAGGAGUUUGGGAAGCUGAUAUUGAGAGUUGAAGAGGAGAGAGAUAGAAUGUUGUCAAAGGUGACAGACUUCUUCCAGCAGUUGGACAAAUUUAGGAAGGAUCAGAUAGGUUCAGUUAAGGAGGAAAAGAAAGCCUUUGAUAGACAUACUGCAAAAAUCUGCCAGUCUUUAGAGAGAUAUCUAAACCUGAAGUCCAAAAUGAAUGACAACACCCUUCAAGAGGCUGAUGCCACUCUUGAGAUGGAAUUCCGAAGCUUUAGGGAAUGCUCCAUGAAAUAUGUCCUUAAAUUACAAGAGGUUCAAGAAAGAAAGAAAUUUGAUUUUGUAGAAACUAUUUUAGCCUUUAUGUAUAGUUUGUUCACAUUUUACCACCAAGGUUUUGAUGCCAGUAAUGAACUCAAAGAGUCCUCUAUGCAUCUUCAGAAAAUCCUUCAGAAGACACGGGAAAGUUUUGAAAGUCAAAAGGAAUACACAGAGACUUUGAUGUUUAAGAUGUUGGACAAUCGGAAACCUAGUGGGGUGACCCAGACUAACAAAGGCUGUACAAAAGAGGGAUAUCUGUACCUAAUGGAGAAAAAGGUGAUGGGGACGACCUGGACCAAAUAUUACUGCUGGUACAAGAAAGAGGGCAAGAUAUUUCACAUGAUGCCCUACAACCAGGUCACUGGAAAACUGAGCCAACCUGUUACUGAAAAGUUUACACUGAAAUCUUGUAUAAGGCGAGCCUCCCAAACUAUCGACAAAAGAUUCUGUUUUGACAUCACUGUGGACGGAAGGGCUGACACGCUGACAUUCCAGGCCUUGUCGGAUGAUGACAGGAAGUUAUGGAUGGAUGCCAUGGAUGGCCGGGAACCAGUUUACACCACCCCAAACACUUCAUCAGAGGAUUCUUCAUUAGAUGACAUAGGAUUUUCAUUUAUCAAAAGAUGUAUAGCAGCUGUGGAAUCUAGAGGACUACAGGAGCAAGGCUUAUAUAGAUUGGUGGGAGUUAACUCCAAAGUUAAUAAACUGAUGUCCCAAGGCCUAGAUCCAAAGAAAAGAGACAAAAUAGAUAUUUGUGACCCAAACCAGUUUGAAAUUAAGACUAUAACAAGUGCUGUUAAAAAUUAUCUCAGAUCACUGCCAGAACCAUUAAUGACUUUCAAACUACACAAACCAUUGAUACAAGCUGCAAAAUGUCGCGGUUCAGAAGAACGAGAAUCCAAAACUCUGCGUAUCCAUGACAUCCACACCUUAAUCCACAGACUGCCACAGGCAAACUUUGAAAUGCUGGACAUCCUGAUCGACCAUUUAAGGAAAAUAGCCGAGUUCCAGGAUAAGAACUUGAUGACUGUAGCUAACCUCGGUGUUUGUUUUGGUCCGACGUUGAUGAGGGCGGAGGAGGAAUCGGUGGCGGCCAUCAUGGAUAUCAAGUUCCUGAACAUCAUUGUGGAGAUCCUUAUCAACAAUUACGAGAGAAUUUUCAAGACGCCACCAGAAGAUGCGGACCCCAGUGAGAUCCGCUGCCCUCUCCCUAGUGCCUCCCAAUCAGUGACUGAUAAAUUCACCCCCGGGGUCAACCACACCUCCCUAGACGUAUCUAGUCAAAACCAGCAGCCCCUCUACAUCAACAAAGCCCCUCCUGUCCCCAAUACAAGCACCCCCACCACCUAUGUUCAGAAACCCAAGCUUCGAUCAGUGGACAUUUACAAUCCUGAUACCAAAAGUUUUGAGACUCACGGGAGCAGCAGCGACAGUUCUGAGUCCCUGAACUCGAGUCUGUCUAACAGUGCAUCCGCAAUGUCAUCCCCCCUCCCACAGUUCGACAGUCACAAGAAACACCCAGCUCCAGCCAUACCGGGAAACACUCAGUACAGUAAUGUAUCGGGACUAGCAAAUAAGUUUAUGAAUGACCUAUCAGGAUCAGAUGUUCCUACGUUUGACCAGUCACUACGCAGAUCUCUGUGGAUUUCAUCCAAAACCAAAAUGUUUGAGAGUGGAAGCAUCAAGAAACGUGGGUCCAAUGAUUCUUCCUAUGCAGCAUCAAUGACUUCCUCGGCUCCCAGUAUGACCAGUAGUCUGUCAGGUAGCUUACCAGGAAUGGGAAACUCCAACAAUGUCAACAAAACCAAAAAGAGGACAGCUAGAACACUUUACCAGUGCUUGGCUGACAAUGAAUCAGAAUUGUCUUUUGAGCCAAAUGUCAUCAUUCAGAAUGUGAGAGAAUCCAAGGAGCCAGGGUGGUUGGAAGGAUCAUUAAAUGGGAAGCGAGGAUUGAUCCCGGAGAACUAUGUAGAGUUUGUAGACUGACCCUGCCCCUACAGUGGCCUUAUUGUGUGACCACCAAGGUGUCACCCCCGGAGGAUAGAGACAUCUGUAUAUACUCAUCUACAUCAUCUUAUCAUGGAGAUUGUCAAGAUGUGAUUCACUGUGCUGGACAUGGUGGGAGUUACAAAGGGGAGUAACAAAGGGUCAUGUGACUAAAGGGUCAUGUGAUCAGUCACAUGACCAAAGGCCACUGUUUUAAAUAUUGGCAGAAAAUGAAUGCAAUAGUGAGUGUGAUGUAUAGUUGUUGGUAUUUUGUUUAUCAUUUACUUGGAUUUCAAACCAUAUUUUUUACAUGUCCAUAUGAUGAUGUAUUUAAAUUAUUAGAAAUAAGACUUCUUUCAUAAUGUGUACAUUUUGUGGUAAUUAAUCAUGUACUUCUGCCAUCUUUGUCACAAGAAUUGUAAUGCAGUUCUCUUUUCUUUAAUUUUUUAUCUAAGAGGCUAAGAUCAUUUAAAGAUGAAGGUCAAAUUUGCAGCUAGUUUAUAGUUUUUUUAAGGAUUAAAAAAAUUUCUGUCUCACUGGUUAACAUUCCUAGUGUUUACAGGUAUCUUUACCUUGUAAUCUUUACACUGUGUUUACACUGUAUUCUAUGUUUACACUUUAUGUACUGUUUCACGCUAUUGCCUUUACACUAUGUCUGAACUGUCAAGCUGUCUGCAUGUUUACUAUUCAUUUAUUGCUUAAA